AUGUCAAUAAAUCCCAACUUGAAACUAUUCAAAUUAAUAAACAAUAGGAAAAACAACAACAACUCAACUGAUACAAUGAAUAGUCAACAACAGCAAAAAUCACAACAACAGCUGCAGCAACAGCAUCAACACCAACAGAAGAACAAAUACAAUUCUUUUGAUGCAACUUCAAGUAUAUUAUCCGAUUAUGAUGAUUUGGAAGUAAUCGAUGAUGAUCAGUCACUGUAUGUUUUAUUUAAUCCCAAAUCAUUAGCACUGUCUUCAAGAGGGAAACAAAAGAGCCAACAUCAUGAUUCAGAUAUUCUUUCCUUUACUAAUACUUCCAACACCAAUGACGAGUACCAAUCAGACACUGAAAAAGAGGAAGAAGAUAGUGAGAUUGAAGAAGAAGAAGAGGAGGAGGAUGAAGCGCAAGAAGACGACAGAGUUUCUAUUGAUGAUGAACAUAACGAUACUGAGGUUUUAAACAGAGAUAGGUUGUCUCAUAAAAUAAAUAGUUGGUAUACCGCCAACGUUGUAAGUUCAAGUCAUCAUCAACUGUUAAUUGACGAGAGAAUUGCUAGUUGGGAAUUAGAUGAAGAAGCAAAUAUUUUGGAAAGUAGUCAAGAGUCGCUGAAACUGUUGGAAGAAAGCAAAUCUAUAUUAAGAGAGUUUUAUGGUGAUGAUUUGUUCAAGUAUUUGAAUCAAGAUGAAAUUGCCAAAGUCAAAAAGUUCCAUAAAAUGGUUGAUAUCAAGAAUUAUUUAUUAGAUAAGACAAACAAGAAUAAUAAUUCUUUAUUGGAUCAAUUACUUUAUAAAGUAUUAUUAUUCAAAGAGAAAAAGCACAAUGAUACAACUUUCCAUCGACAAUAUAAUAUUGGUACUACUGAUUAUAUCAAUUAUUUAACAAAAGAUGUUCCCUCCUAUAGUCCAGCAUUUGUUGCACCAUCAACAAUAUCAGAUACAACAACUGGAGGGUCAUCUUUAAUCAUGUGUGGUGGUGUUGGUUUUGGUGGGUCUGCUUCUUGGAAUGACAUAUGA